AGAAACUGUUUGGCGUGAACAGUGGAAACAUCCUCGUUUAUCUGCAGAGAUGGAUGAGAGGAUAUAAUUAUUUUGAUCAAAUAUAUUUUUCACAUUUUCACCUGUUCUUGAGAGACAAACAUCCUCAGUUGUUCAGUCAGUCAGGUUCACAUGGGGUUUGUGUUUGGGGCGUCAGUCUGUGUCUCAUAUCGCAGGGAUGUCCGCACAGGGGCUGCUAAACAGCGUCUUCUCGUGUUCCUCAUCGGGCUCUAAAACCCUCGCAAAGAGAAAACUACAACAGACUCGUAGUUUGGAUUCUGCGCUGAUGAGAAACGGAGACGCGAAUACCGUUCAGCGGUUCUCGAGCUCCACAGCUGGAUUUACCAACAGCCAAACUGCUUCCGAGGACUCCAGACUGAAACAACGUCUUUCUUCGUCGAGUUUGUCGACAUCUUCAGACGCUUCGUCGAUCUCCAGUGUUCAUUUUGACUACAGAAGUGGCAAACGCAACGCGUCCAGGGAUUUAUCUCUCAACCUCUCUGGUUCAAGCAACAUCUUCUCACCGAGAAAGUGGCUUCAGAGAAAGUUGCCUCAGUCGGAUGCUGUUUCUCACAAUAUCUGUAAAUCUGAGGGAGAUUUCACCUGUAAGAAAACAAGCGGUCAUAACUUCCACAUGCAGUCAGUUCCCAUUCAGAGUCUGUCCGAGCUGGAGAGAGUCCGGCUGCAGGACGUCGCUCUGGUCAGACUGAUGAAAGACUUUGAUUUGGGAUGCCAGAUCACCAUCCCUAAAGAUGGCCAGAAGCGGAAAAAGUCACUCAGGAGGAAGCUGGAUUCUUUAUCGAAAGAAAAGAGAGAUAAAGAGUCGGAUCCUCAGGCGUUUGGCGUGCCGCUCUCGCAGGUGAUCUUUAACGACCGGCGUCAGAAGCAGCUUCAGGAGGAGCGCGAGCAGGAGGAGCAGGAGGAGCAGCGCAGCCCGACGGACCGAGUGUCUUCACUCCUGCACCUGACGGGCCGCAGAUCCACCAAUAAGGAGCUUUCCAGCAGUAACUCCUCCCUCAGCUCCUCCUCUGAGACGCCCAAUGACAGCGCGUCCCCCGGCACUCCAGAGACGGCCCUGCGCUCGCGCCGACGGGGUGGCAUGUCUGUGGACUGCAUCACUGACCUGGACGACAGUCACUCUCGUCUGCUGGAGGCUCUGCAGCUGUCCAUGCCCGUGGAGUCGCCCAGCGAGAAGAAGAAGGUGAGCGACGCGAAGCUCAGCCUGAACCCCAUCUACAGACAGGUGCCGCGUGUGCUGGACAGCUGCUGCCAACAUCUGCAGAAAUAUGGUCUGCAGACGGUCGGCAUUUUCCGUGUCGGAAGCUCCAAGAAAAGAGUCCGACAGCUGCGUCAAGCGUUCGAUCAGGGCGCAGAAGUUGUUUUAGACCAGCGGCACAGUGUCCAUGACGUGGCGGCGCUGCUGAAGGAGUUUCUCCGAGACAUGCCUGAUCCUCUGCUGACCAGAGAGCUCUACUCCGCUUUCAUCAGCUGCGCAUCUCUAGAUAAGUCAGACCAGCACACGGCCGUACAGCUGCUCAUCUGUCUGCUGCCCGCCUGCAACAGUGACACCCUUCAGUGCUUACUUCACUUCCUGUCUAACGUGGCCAAUCACGCGGAGGAUUCCCGGGACGCUGACGGGAAGGAGGUCAUCGGCAACAAGAUGACGUCUCUGAACCUGGCCACCAUAUUUGGGCCGAACCUGCUGCACAAGCAGAAGAGCUCAGAGAAGGAGUUCAGCGUCCAGAGCUCGGCCCGUAUGGAGGACAGCGCCGCCAUCAUCGCCGUCGUCCAGCACAUGAUCGACACACACCAAACCCUGUUCAUGAUCUCUGCGGAGCUGCAGAACGAGGUUCUGGUCAGUUUGUUGGACACGGACAGUGAUGUGGUGGAUUAUCUGCUGAGGAGGAAAACACCACAGUGUGAAGACUCCAAGUGCUCGAGCGGCGAGAUCUCUCCGUAUGACAACAACUCUCCGGUGCUGUCCGAGUGGUUUCAUCCAUCGGGACAAGAGCAUCAUGGUCUCACAGACGUCCAGGACGCUCUCGCUGGGAACGUCACGGUGAAUUUCUGCCUCUCGCCCUCACAGGCCGACUCCGGGGAAACGUUACACGAUAAGGCCCGUAUCUGGAGAACGAGACACACUCUUCUGUCUGGACUUCAUGACAAACUCCUCACAGGUUCAGAUGGAAACCUGUACAAACGCGUCUCCUCUGAUGUCUUCUAUGAUGACGACAGCGACGCAAAACCCGUGCUUGAGACGCAAGAGUCCCGUACAAACGUCCCCCGGCUUCAAACACCACAUGCUCCAAUCACAUCGGGCCGCCGGACCGCAUCCCACCAAUCACAGGAGGCGACAUCACCUGUUCAGCCCUCGCCGUCUGCCAAACAAGAGGACAGACUGCAGCCGCGUGUCACUUCCUGUCAUGCUGGUCAGGGGGCGGGGUCACACAUCGCUGUGCCAUCAAAGACCUUCAGUGCGGAGCAACAUCCCGACUGGCCGACAGAGAAGUGGCAGAUAUGGCAGCUCUUGUCAUCAGACAGUAUAGACACACUUCCAGAGACGAUGGUGUGAAAACACUGUUUAAAGGGACGGUUCAGACAAACAUGACAAUCCAGCAGCAUUGGACCUUUCAUGAAAUGGACUUUAAUAAACACUGAGACAUUCGUUUCACUGAGAAGACAGGUUUUGGAACGAGUAAAUGAUGACAGAUUGAUCAUUUUUGGGUGAACUGUCCCUUUAAGAACCUUCUAAUUUAAAUGUUUGAAUUUGAAUUUAAAUCGGCCACAACACAGACAAUUAGAAUUUGAAUUGGAAUGACAGGAAGCAUCACAGAAUGUUUUCAGAUAACUUUAUAAAAAUAAUUAUUGAUAUUAAAAUUUGGGAUUAAUAUUUAAAUGUUUUAACUCUAACAAAAUGCACUACUGUUCAAAAGUUGUUGUUUUUUUUAAUUAAAUUAAUACUUUUAUUCAUCAAGGACUCAUUAAAUUGAUCAAAAGUGACAGUAAAGACAUUUAUAAUGUUACAAAAGAUUCUAUUUCAAACUUUCUAUUCAUCAAAGAAUCCUGAAAAAUAAAAUAUAUCACAGUUUCCACAAAAAUCUGAACUGUUUUCAACAUUGAUAAUAAUCAUAAAUGUUUCUUGAGCAUCAGAUCAUCAUAUCAGAAUGAUUUCUGAAGGAUCAUGUGACACUGAAGACUGGAGUAAUGAUGCUGAAAAUUCAGCUUUGAUCACAGGAAUAAAUUACACUUUACUAUAUAUUCACAUAGAAAACAGCUGAUUUACAUUGGAAUAAUAUUUCACUGUUUUACUGUAUUUUUGAUCAAAUAAAUGCAGGCUUGAUGAGCAGAAGAGACUCUUUCAUUAAAAAUCAUUAAGAAAUCCCAAGCUUUUGAACACUAGUGCAUAUUUAUGUGUUAAAUUCAUUUAGGUGUAAGUUUAAACAUUGAUUAUUAAUGUGUUUCUGAAAAUAUGAACAUGUUUAUUGGUAAUUUGUACUGAAAAUUAAAAUCUACUCUUACAGUAGGUAUAGAUUUGAAUUUCCAUUUUAUUUCAUUAAAUUUUAAAGUUCAGCCUCAGUUGAAGCUCGAUUUAAAUUCAGGAACUAAACUGGAAUAUAAACAUUCCCAGUUCAGUUCUUCAUGAAGCUCAACCUGAAUCCAUUCAGCAGUUUCAUGUGACGCUCUAGACUCUCAAUAAUGCCUUAUAUUUUCAGCAUUUUCAUGCAUCAUCAUCAUCAUCAGCAGCAGCAACAAAGAAAUCUGAUGAUAUUUGAGUCCAUUUCAGUGUAAAUGUGUGACAUCAUCACUUCAUAAGAUGACGAGAAUGUGUGACUGCAAACAUAUAAAGUGUCAUAUUUCUCAUAUCCUUGCAGAGAAACGAGUUACAAUAUCAAAUGUAUUUAUUUAUUAAUGUUAUUUAUUAAAUUAGCCACUAGUAUGUAACCACUGUAUAUAUAAUAGUCACCGCAGAAUGAGUUCUCAGUUGUUGCUUCUGUAAUUUUGCAUAAAAAGAGUUAUUUAGUGAUUUUUUUUUUUUUUUUUAUCUUCACCGUAUCCAGAUAUCCUUACAGUCAAAUGGUGAAUGUCGGUGCACGUUAUUCUGAAGAAACAUUUAUGUAUGUCUUUUUUUAAAUGCAAUAACUUGCACAACAAUUUUUGUCUGACAUCAAGUUUCACCCUUUUGAUCAGCUGAAGCACAAAUAAUGCCUUAAACCAAUCACGUCCUUCAUACAGCAACACAGUUUAUGCAUUAUAAUGAAGAGUGACUUAUUUCUGUGUAAUAUUUUGUAUUCGUGUAUUUGUACAGCCAAGAUGAGCGAUAUAAUGUUGAUCAUGUUGCUUUUUAUAAAACAAAUAUAUAUAUUUUGCUGCUCAAUUAUUUUUAUCCAAAUAACAGGAGAAAGAACUGUUGUUUCUGGUUUCAGCGAUGGUCUUUGUGAGGAUGAGCUCGCGGGAAUCAUAUCAGCCUGUGCCUUUAUGUUUUUUGGCUGUAGUCAUAAGUGUUCUAAAACACAAUAAAAUGAAUGUCUGUCAAAGUCA